AUGCCUUCUUCACUCAAAUUUCAAUUGCCAAUUUUAGUCUCCCUCUUCUUCUUAUCAUCAUUCUCCUUCUACGCAACUGCAAAUUUCUUCAAUGUAGAUAUCAUUGAUGAGCUAAUCGAUCCAUUAUCAGCCAGUUGUGUAAUUAAUGGUGAUAUUACUCAACCAAGAGUUGACCUUAGACAAUCAGGAGUUCACAGAUAUCCCGUUGAAGUCGCAGUACACCAUUUAAAUCCUACACUUUUAUGUAACAUGACUUCUGGUCCUAGGUUCGGUACUUUUCUACUUUUUGAUUUUAACAGAGAUAUACCUAGGUGUGACAUUCAGCACAAAAGGUGCACUUGGAAUAUAAGGCCAGAGGGUUUAUUUCUCUACUUCAACUUCGAACAGAAUCUAGUUUUCAACUGGUCAAUGUCAUCAUCAUCCAAUUUGUAA